CUUCAAUUGCUUAAGUGAUACAACCUCGAAUAAUUACCCAUACAUAUAUGAUGUUUACUUAACGCUUACUUUUACUUUUAUUUACUGUGCUUUCUUUUAAAAUGACCAUUGUAUUCUACUAGGUACUAACCGUACAUAAACCUUUUAUUGAUCGAAUAAACCCCCCAUCCCCCCCCCGUGCGACUACGGAAUCAGUCGAAAUGUCUACCCGCGUAUUCGUGUUCCCGAGUCGAAGUUUUGCGCCGAGGUCGACUGCCUCCUCCAUAUGCGCUCAAUGCUGUCGAUCUUUCGCCUCGAGCGCGGUGCUCAACAGCGGCCACAACCGUUGGUCUAAGAUCAGGCACGAGAAGGGCGCUGCCGAUGCGAAGAAGAAUACCCAACGAAGCGGUUUCGCCAAGAAUUUAACCCUCUUUUCGAGAUUAUACGGGCCUGAUCCGAGUCUCAAUUCGCGGUUAGCCACCGUGAUCACGGCCGCAAAAAAAGCCGGCAUGCCGAAAGCCAACAUAGAAAUAGCUAUCGCACGAGGCCAGGGUAAAUCGUCGACGGGCGUUGGACUCGAGACCAUGACGCUCGAAGUCAUGAUACCGCCAGCCGUAGCCAUGGUCAUCGAGAUCGAGACGGAUAACAAGCAGCGCGUACUGCAGGACCUCAGGCUCCUGGUGAAAAAGCACAAGGGCACCGUAACGCCCACCGCGUUCCUGUUCGAUAGGCUCGGCCGCUCCGUUCUGAAAGGCAACCCCAAUGCCCACGAAGAUGCGUUUGACGACGUGUUGAUGGUCGCGGUGGAAGCCGGCGCCGAGGACGUCGAGACGGACAAGGACGGCAACGUGGUCGUAUGGACGCAGCCGCACGUCACGCAUCAGACAGCGCAAGACCUAAGCCGGGUGCUGGAUACCGAGAUCCUAAGCUGCGAAAUUGUACGGUCGCCAUCGGGGGACAAAGCCAAGCUGGACGACGAGGAGGCCGCGCAGAACAUAGCAGCGUUCUUGACGGCGCUACAGGAAUAUCCAGACGUACAAGGUGUCUAUGCCAACGCCGAAAAAGGAACGAUAAGCAAUGGGGUUUGGGACACCAUAGAAGACAAUCUCGAUACGUAGGUAAUCUGUAAUAUAUUUGUACAAUAUGUGUACAAUAUGUGUACAAUAUGUGCCUAGGUAGAUACGUAGGUAAGGUACCUUAGGUCUAAGGUAUGUAUGUAAUAUGGAACUUGUCUCCAUUCGAUUUCCUUCAUUUUUUCAGAGAGCGGAGAUGUCGUUCAGUGUUCGAGAGCUAAGUCGAAAAGUUCAAAACAUUCAAUAGCUGCGCGAUCAUGAUUAUGUUCUAAUGCCUGUUUUAUUCCGUCCUUCCCUCGAAACGCCGUCAAAGCCAAUGCCAUGUAUCUACCUAAGGUUAGGUACCUCUUAUGUUGCCCGUACUGAGGCCCCUCGCCUACUACUCCUGAUCCUCGCCCGAAGGCUGCUGCGCCUGUCGCGCCUCGUUCUCGAGCCUCUUGUCCCUAAUAUACAGCCGGCGCGCUCGCAACCGCUGCAGCUCGGCGUGGAUCUCGUCCCUGUCCAUGGGCACCUUGUUCGCCUGCUCGGGUUUGGGCCAGAAGUCGGGCACGGCGAAGCGCUCGUCGAGGUUCGUGCCGAAGUAGUACAUGAUGCCGAUCGGGAACAUGACGUACAUGCCGAACUUUUAUAUCUUGAAAACUUCGAGAUUUAAAC